UUAAUGUCGUGUUAAAAAAUUACAAGUGUACUACAAAGUAUAAAAAUAUUUUGCACUACUAUUCUACUAAAGAAAACACAAGAUUAGGGGGACCAAAAAAAAUUACAAGACAAAAAUUAAAAAUAGUUAAUUAAAGGUUUUACUUAACUUUUCAGGGAAGCUAAAUUUGCAAAAUAGUUACGUCUUUAUUUUGAUGUUAUGAUUAUUUUUAUAUCACAUUUCACAAAUGCAUAUUUUAUGGAACAUCCCGAACCGUCUCAGUUUUUCUCGGGUUGUCCCGAUCCCGUUUUAAAUAGGACAACAUUGGGAUAAAGAUUUAUAUUGUACCGUACCGAACCGUUGUUAUAAAACCGGGACGGGAUUGAGAUGAGCCAAAUCCCGGACCGUCCCGGAUCGUGCCCACGAAGUAGUCCGUAGUUGGUGACGACAAAAAAGUGAUGUGGUCCGUAGUCCGUACCGCCCGCCGUAGGGGUCCUCCAUCCCACCCCCAGAUGAGGUUUUGCGUCAUAUCACCAGUCCCAUUUCGCCCAGAAACCUCCUUUCUUCGAUUCCUGAUCAGGAAAAAAGAAACAUACGGAGUAUAUACUUCAUUUCCUUCAGUUGGUGACGACAAAAAAGAAUGCAGAAGUCGGAGGACGAUGGUCCACGAACUGAACCAUCUCCUGUAGGCAAGCAUAUAGAUAUAUGAGAUGUGAUGAUUGAUGGGAGAAGUAUGUGGUGUACCGAUUCAACCCAAAGAUUCGACAGAAAGGCCGAGAAGUAAAUUACUCCCUCCUUAUCAGAGCAAACAUGCAUGGCCAUGGCAGAUCAAAAUUCCAACGAAACUCCAAGCACGUGAGCGUAUAAAGACUUUCUUUUUGUACGGUUCCAGAAUCGAUCAACGUCGGAUGAAUAUGGACCAGUUAUGGUCGGUCGAUGUGCUGUCUGAAAAGAUAAGUUUCCUUCUCUCUUCAGCCGUGUGCUGCUUAGUAUGUCUUUCGUCUUCAUCGUGCCUAUUCACUCUUUCGAUUCAUCCAGAUCUCGUAGUGCACUCCAUCGCAGCACUGACAGUAAUCUUAUCCCACUCCGUUUCUGUCACUGAGAUAAUGCAUUGAAAAAACAAAUGGCAGACUCUAUGUCAUCUCUUCAUGGGCAUGUCGCCUCUCUUCUUCGUCAUAUGGACAUAUGGUUGUUUCGCUUGUUAAUGAGCAUGCAUAUAAAUUCAGGAGUGUAGCUCAGAAACAAGCUUUUGUGAUGGAACUAUAUUCACCUGAACUCCGGAUUUUCAAGAAUUUGGUCUCAGGGAAUGUGGCCAGUGUUGCAGAUGUCAUUUCCUAGCUACAUCUACAAAAAUCAUCAGUCUUACGUCACAUGAAAUAUGUGCUUCAGCCUAUACUAGAGAGGAGAAUUCUCGAUCACUCUAUCAUACACAAGGCAAUUGUGGAGUUUCUAAGCAUUGCUAAUCAGUCUUCUGGUGCUGAUGUAAUCCAGCCAUUAUCAAGCGCAGAUCUUGUAUGGAUGAUACACACAGGGGAUGGAUCCAGGAUUGCAAUUCUUUGUGUCAAGCAUGGGAGUGCAAAGGAUAGGAACAAAAUAAUCGAAGGGAUGAAAAGAAAAAUUGAGAAGAUAGCUCGUGAUAAGUUGGGUAGUAUUGAUGGGCAUUUUGAGCUAGUUAUAGUUUGUGAUCUUGGAAGGGAUAUUUUGUUGUUUGUGAAGGUUUUUUUUUUUUUUUUUUUUUUUUUUGCAGCUCAUUAGUUAAGAGCUAACUUUUUGCAUGUAAACUAUCAAUUUAACAUUACAUUAAUGAAGAGUUGAGUUCUAUUUCAGGGUCAUUCACCCUUUUUUUGUGCUUAUGGUGAGGCUGCUUAUAUCAAGACCAACCCUACUAUAAGUGUCUUCAAACC